UUAAAAAGAGAAAAAAAUUUUUUUUUUACACGAAUUGUUUUGUUUUAAUACGAUUUUCAAUAUUUUAUGAAUUUUUCUUGAAUCUCAUAGAGCAAAUCGGAUUCAUUGUUUGGGAUUUUUGUUUUAGCAUAUCGGUUUAGGUUAUUUGUUUAGGAUCUUAGAAUAUCAGCAUGUAAUCGCAUCUAUACAGGAUGAGCGGCUUUGGGCUGUUAUCGUGUACAGCUGUUGCUAUAAAAAUAUGUGUAUAUGAGUGGGAUUCCCCGAAUUAUGCAUAGAGUAAAGACGUAAUGUACUUUUUACGCAAUUUAGUUUGGUUUUGAGAGUUGAAAAGAAAAGACGCUUAGUUGUUGUGAGUAUUUAAAACAUUAUAAGUAAAAUAAAGUUAGUGCUCGUAUAGAUUUAUUAACUCAAUAACAGCCUUAACACAAUGUCACAUAAUUCACCUGUAAUAAAAGCCAAGAGGAAGGCGAUCAGUUUAGAUACUAAAAUUAAAAUUUUAGAUCAACUUACAACAGGACAAGGAGCAACGGCUGUAGGAAAUCAUUUUGGUAUUCAUGAAGCUACCAUAAGAACGAUCAAGAAAAAUGAAACUGCGAUUAGAAAAUCGGUAUGUUCUGGAACGAAAAUAAGUGCUAAAUCAUCGUCAUACAUAAGAGAUGUUGUCAAAGAGAAGAUGGAAAAAGCUUUGGUAAUGUGGAUUGAAGAUAAAUCACAAAAAAGAAUACCAGUAGAUGGAAUUGCUAUCAAGCAAACUGCAUUAAGAAUUUAUAAACGUAUUAAAGAAGUUGAGCCAGGCACUUCAUCUCAGUCAAAACAACCCGAAUUUUCUGCAAGUACAGGUUGGAUGACAGGUUUUCUUAAACGACAUGCUCUCCAUAAUGUAAAAAUUAAGGGAGAAACUGCGUCUGCAGAUGAAUUGGCUGCCAAAAAAUUUCCUGAAAAAAUUAGAAAAAUUAUUGAAGAUGGAGGAUACACCCCAGAUCAAGUUUGGAAUGUAGAUGAAAGCGGCCUCUUUUGGAAAAAAAUGCCGAGCAGAACUUAUGUUGCAAAAUCGCAGAAGACUGCCGGUGGUUUAAAAGUAGCAAAGGACCGUGUAACAUUGUUGUUUUGUUCCAAUGCUUCAGGAGAACGUAUGUUAAAACCACUGCUAGUAAAUCGUGCUUUAAGACCACGCUCGAUGAAAAGUGUAGAUUUCAAUAAACUGCCAAUUCACUGGACAGCAAACAAAAAGGCAUGGAUGACCAGUGCAAUCUUUACAGAAUGGUUCCAGAAAUACUUCAUUUCAGAAGUUAGACGCUACAUGAAUGCAAAAUAUCUAGAAUUUAAAGUUCUUUUAAUUCUAGACAAUGCACCUUGCCAUCCGCUCUUGGAGCACCCAAAUGUGCAAUUUUGCUAA